AUGCCUUUUGGGGAAAGUGUGAGCCGAAGAAGAGCAACAGCCAGAGAGGCAAGAGGAGGGUGUGAGUCGACGAGUGUGUGGUGUGCGGUGCUGCCGAGGGAAGCUGAGCUUCAAUACCAAACACUUUCACACAGCUGA